AUGGGUUACAUAGGUCAGCUGGGAUCAAGGGAAUCCCUGGACCACAGGGGAUGCAGGAGUCUGCUAAAUGACAUCAUGAGGACAGUAAAGUGUCAUGGGAUCGCUUUGGCAGAGAAGAUUAAGGAGAAUCCAAAGAAAUAUUGUAAGGACAUUAAAACUAACGUGGUCGCAAUUGUAACACUAUCACGAGGACGGUGUGGACUCUCCAAAGGUGUCACCUGGUAUCUUGUGGCAAUGGCAGUAGCAGAUCUACUUGUUGUCAUAUUUCAAGUCAUUCUCAUCAACAUAUUUCACAUACCUCGGCAUCCUGAGUGCAACAUCGUAUAUACCGUGGGUUACAUGUCAGUGGCUUGCUCCGUCUGGCUCACUGUUGCCUUCACCUUUGACCGUACGGUGGCCAUUUGCUUCCAGAAGCUGAAGACAAGAUACUGCACUGAGAAAGGUGCAGCCAUUGUUAUUGCAGUGGUGAGUGUGCUGAGUGUGUUAACCAACAUCCCCUGGUAUUUCACGUACCACUCACUUUUCUGCAGGACAUCAUUUGAUUUUGCAACAUCGCCGGUGUGGGCAGCAUUUGACUGGGGGCACCGCAUUUUAACCCCACUCAUUCCCUUCGUGCUGAUCCUGGUGCUCAAUGGUUUCACUGUCAGGCACAUCCUGAUGGCCAGUGUAGUCCGCAGAAAACUGAGGGGGCAACGGAGCGGGAAGGGGAAGGAUGACCCAGAGAUGAAGAAUCGAAGAAAAUCCAUCAUUUUACUCUUCACCAUAUCGGCCAGUUUUAUCCUGUUAUGGGUGACACGGGUGGUCAUUCUAUCAAGUAUGCGAAUUACUGGUCGGUAUGUGGGAAGGCUUACGUCUGAUUUUGUAGCUGACUACUUGGGAACAAUGCUUCAGUUAUUCAGCUCCUGCACCAACACGUUUAUUUAUGCGGUCACUCAGAGGAUGUUCCGGGAGGAGGUGACAAAUGCCGUGAAAUAUCCCUUUAAGGCCAUCCUGAAGUUCAUUAAAGGUUACGGAGAGAGCUGA